AAAAAUUAAAAAUGUAAUUUUCUCCUGUUUUGAUUUCGUUGCAUAACUUAUUUGUUUGGGAAAAUCGAAAACCUUCUUACAAUAAAAAGAUACUGAUUUUGUGCUUCUGGGUUCAUGGUGGAUUUUGAAGCACCUUCAUUCUCUUUAGGGCUUGAUUAUGACCUACUCGAUUCAGAGCCCCAAAUCACUUCUGUAAGUGAAGAUGAUGAUUAUGAAACUCUAAUUGUCGAUGAUUCGGAGCCUGAAUAUUCGGAUCCUCCUCCGAAGUCGAAGCGCCUCCAGCGUGUACUUACCGACGAUGUGACAACAUCAUCAACGGUUUCAGCCAAUCCUGAGGUGGAGUUGCGUUCCAGUGCGGUUGUUGAUGAUGAAGAUGAUAACGUGUUCUGUUCAAAGGAGGAUAUGCGUACUGAUGAACAUCAGCAUACACAAAACCAUGCUCUUUCCACCAGUUCAAAGUUACCAAACACGCCAGGAGUUUUGACUAGUCAACCAGGAAACAAAAGUCAAACUUUCCGUCGGAGACGACUUCUGUUGACUGUUUCUGACUCUGAUUCUGAUGAUCCUUCUGUCAGUGACAAUGUUAAUAAUAACAAAUGUAACAUAUCAGAAUCAAUUGAUUUAUCAACUACAGAAAGAGAAAGUCCAUGUGAAGAUUUCAAAUCAGAGAAAAGUUCAUUAAAUUUUGAUGACUCUCUUCCUCCUGCUGUUCAUUACUUUUUUCAUGAUGAUUUAAGGAUCCAAGAGCUUGUUCAAAGUCGCCUUCCUAAUUUUUUUCCUCUGUGUAAAAUUUCAAAUAGAGAGCUUGAGCAACCCAGCACAUCAGAAAUCGAUUACAUGGGUCAAUUUAAGUGUGGUGCAAGCUCAAAACAAGGUGUUAGAAAUAUUAAAGACAAGAAAAGCUCAAAAAGUAGGAGUAAAAAUUCAAGAAAAGAGAAUGUUGAAGAGACAUCACAAGGUUGGGUGAACCCAAAGCUUUGUGUUGAUAACAAGAUUAUAACAAAAGACACUCCUAAAAGAAAGACUCAUGCAGCUCAACAAUCUGCUGGAUAUUGGGUAACAGGUCAAGAUGGAAAAAGGGUUUAUGUUGGUAAAAGGGGUCAGGAGCUGACUGGACGAGUUGCUUACAUGCAGUACAAAAAGGAGAGUGGAUCAUGGUUUAAAAAGGCAAAGAGGAAAUCUGCUAAGAAGAAUAAAUGAAUUAAAUAGUGGUAAAUACAGUAAUCAAAAAGAGAAUGGAAUGGAAUGACAAAAUAGUGUUUGCUUGUCACAAAGGAACGGAAUGGAAUGGAAUAUAUCUUACGGAAUGCGAUUUCUUCUUUUGGGCUCA